AUCAGACGAGUUGACGGAAGUAACCGCCUACACCUACUCUAAAGAUGGAGGACGAUAUGUCCGACGUGAGCAGACCACAAAUGUAUUUGUUCGGUUGUACCCUUAAAUCGGACAAAAGGGAGUUCAAAGUGGACGUGGACGAUGAUGACACGGAACAGCAGCUGUCACUCAAAGCAGUUUGUCUGGGAACUGAGGCUGAGGAUAAGUUCCACAUGGUGGAACUCGAGGGCCUCACUUACGAUGGAAAAACAACAAAAGUGCCGCUUGUUGCACUGAAACCUUCGAUCCUGCCUUCUGUGACUUUAGGUGGAUUUGAGAUCACACCUCCAGUUACCUUCCGUCUGCAGUCUGGUUCUGGACCAGUUCACAUUAGCGGACAGCAUUUUGUCAGUGUGAAGGAAUCAGAGGAUGAAGAAGAGGAGAACAACACGUCGCCGGUGAAGCGGCCAGCAAGCCUGAUGUCUGCAAAGAAGCCAGCACCGAAAAAACUAAAAAUGGAUUCUGAUGACGAUGAAGAAGAAGACAGCGAAGACGAGGAGGAUGAUGAUGAUGAAGAUGAAAGUGAUGAAAAUGAUGUGAAGCCCCAGAAAAGUUCUGGGAAGGAACCCAAAAAGACGCCAGAGCCUUCAGCUAAGAAGCACAACAAGAGUCCGGAGAAGCAAAAUGGUCCUGCACAAAAGCCAUCAGGUUCAGCAGUUAAACUACAGAUGAAGACACCUGUGCCAGGAAAAGACAAACCCCAGGCCGGGCCGUCUAAGGCUCUUUCUGUGGCUGAUAUUAAGAACAAGUUGUCAUCAGCAGCCAAGGAGGGGAAGCCACUUCCGAAGACGGAGCAGAAGUUUGAGAAUUUCGUGCGCAGCUCUUUUAAAAUCACAGAUAAAAACGUGGUGAAGGAACUCUGGAGUUUUGUUCAAACACUGAAGAGGGAGAAGAAGUAACACACUCGUCAUUUCAAACCAUUUGUAUGUUUUGCAUUCAGUGAGAAGUUUAAAGGCGAUUGCAACCGACUGCUGAAAUUACGUAACGCCAGCAGCGCAGAGAUUCAGGUUUUACAUUCAUUCCCUUUUGUUUUUGGAUGUGAAGAAGCGCCUCAUGUUCAUCACUCCUCCGUGUGUAACAGGUGAUGAACUCCACAUGGGGGAGCUGUCCCCUUCAGCUUGUGCCAGCUUCUGCCACCUACAGGAAAGUAAAGUAAUAGCAACCGUAGCACCUAAAGAUCAGGUUUUUGUUUUUGUUUCUAGAUUGGUAAUUACGGUCUAAAAAGUAAACGUUCUUUUCGCUCCUCCCUUUUCACUCAGGGUCUCCAAAGUGGAUUUGAUUUGGAUCCGCAUGUUGAUUAGUGCCAGAUGCCUCCCUUGAUGCAGCUCCAUAUUACAGAGAAAAUGGUCACACUCGGUCUUAAAGCUGGAAGGUCACCCAAAUUUCACUAAACUAGCAAAACGUAGUUUUUACAGAAAUCCAAGCAUUAUAAUGUGGGUUUGUUUUAUUAACAUCUUGUAAAAUUACAGCUCAUUUUGAUGAAGAGAACAUAUUGAUCUGGAGGGGAAUUCCAAAACGAAUAUUUUUUCUUUUUAAUGGCAUCUGCAGGAGGGCAUGUGUGUGCACACGCAUGAGCUUCUGAAAAGAUUUGAAGUUAAUUUUGACCGCAGGUGAUGAGUGCGUAUGUAGCAUGCACGCUAAAUUGAGUUUAUUCGAAGAUUUUGAGAUACAUUUUUUUAUGUCCUGUAGGCCAUAAUUGUUACAGUUAAAAUAAAAUUAAAAAAAUACUAUGUGCAUUAUUUUUACUUUCUAUUACUGACAGAAAGAAAAAAAAUUAAGUUAUUCCUGAUAUUCUGAUUUUUUUAAAUGCACCUGUCAACACAGAAUGUCUCCCACAUUAAGUAACAGCAGUUACAGUUGAAACACUUGUACCACCUCCAGGCUUUAAGAACUACAACUUCAGUUUUUUACCCAUCAACCCAGAGGGGCUUUGUUAUCACCUGCAUCCGUGAUACGACCCCAUUGUGAACAUGAUGCACCCAUGCUGCAUUAUUACAGUAUCACCUUCUGACUGUACAUGGACAUUUGGGACAUUAGCUUUACUGUGACCUCUGUGACCUAGGCUGAAGGGUCAUAAGCAGCUCUCACACCUGGCUGCAUUUUGAGCCAUUUUGUGCCACCAUGGGCCGAGAUACAGAUUGGCAAAUCAUCAGUCACGUCCAGCAGGCACACCACUUGGCAAAAGUUAGGAAAAGUCCUUUUUUCCCAGAGCUUUGUGGACCCACCUCAGGCCCACUGAAGCUUGGCUCAGGAUGGCUCGAAGUUAACACUUGGAAAACUUGGUGUGCACGCCGUCCUCAAAUUUUGAUAUCUCAAUAAAACUGUUUCUGUGCUUUGUGUGAAAUCUGGACGCCAACUUGCAUCAAACCUGCACCGGGCUGCCCGGAGUCGAGCACAAUGUUGUCAGGAGUUCUUCCAAGCUCCAAAAAAGUUCCCUGACUUGUGCUGCUCUUUGCUGAGCAGUGUGCCGAGGUGUUGUUGGGAAAAUUCCACUCCGAACUCCACCAGGUGUGAGAGCAGCUUUACAGUUGUGUGUUUCUGAACUGCUGUCAAAACAUUUUACAAAAUUAAUUUUACGUUUAUCUCCUGCACCAGCACAGCUUUUUAGAAUGAACAAAACUGAACCAGGCCUUCAGUAGACUUUAGAUCCCAGUGUCGCCAACUGAAUGGUCCCCCCUAAAAAUUGGUCCGCCCUGCCUUCACUGCAAAUGUGUCGUUUCGGACCACAGCAGCUCAUCUGAGUCUCUUCGCCCAAAGCAGUCAAAGGGAAUAAUGUGAUUAUUAACCAUCAGAUGGCAAAGUAAAACCUCUUAAAUCAUUCUAAAGUCAGUUUGAAGCAGAAACAAGGAGAUAGUUGCUUAACCGUGGCUGACAUUCUGAAAUGAUGUGGCACAGCAGCAGCACAUUAGCUGUGGUGCUGUGAUCAGUCCUCCAUCUUUUAUUAUGAAAUAAUGUUGAAUUUAUGUGGAAAUGAUUGUUGUACAAAAGCUUCAGAUAUCUGUCGCUGAGGUAGAUGAUGACUGGAGUGCAGUUUGAAGCAGAAACAAAGCGAUAAUUGGUGAACCGCGGCUGACGCUCAGAAAUGACGCUGCUGACUCUUUGAAAUGAUGCACAGUGAAGGCAGGGUGACUAAUUUUUAGGAGGGCUGUUCAGUUGGUGACACAGUCAUUCAGCCGUGGCUCAUCUUGUGAUUGGAUGUUCCAUUUGAUUUGUUGAAGAUUCAUCAACGUCUAUGAACAAGGCGGUUUAUUUUUAACGACCUCUAACGACACAGACAACAUUAUGAUGUCUGCCCUUGUAUGAUCAUUCAGGACGCAAGUUUUCCAGUUUCGAUGAGUUGCAGGAUUGAGAUGUAAAAUCUAAAAUUUAGAUUAACACUCAGUGCCUGUAGGUGACGCCACCUGUAACACUGCUUUUCUUUCAGCAUGUAACUUCAGCAUCAGCAACUGUGACCAGAACCUAUGAUCAGUGCACAGGUCACAUCGUUUUCUGGGCAACUUCAGUGGUCACAAUGACAUAACUUAAACUACAGUCCUGGAUUGUAGGUUCACGUUGGUUGUUGUGAGAGGAGAACUUAGGGUUUUGUCCUACACCUGACAAGGUCACAGGGUUAGGAAUAGAAAAAAACAGUGAUACAGAGCCAAUGGAAAAGCAGGGAAUUUGUGGGACUCAUUUAUUUUUUUGCCUGUAGAUGGUGCAGGUUGGUUCGGCUGCAUCUGCGCGUCUUAAGUCUCUUCACUUAAAGGUGGCACAGAUCAGGUUGGAACAGCAGGUGAGAACUUUGGGUCUGAAAAUGCAUUCCUAAAGCAAAAUGAGAAAUUGCAGAAUGUGCCGUUGAAUGUCUCCUGUUCAAUCCCAUAACGUGAAAAGUUAAGCAGUAAGCAAACAAACAGGUUCAUGACUGUUGUGCCGUUAAAGUUUUGAGACCACUGAUACCAGAGGACAGUUUUGACAAAAUUUCAACCCAAAUGUAGUGACAUCACACUCAUUUUAACUGGAUUAGUCUCACUUUCAACCUUAAAAAUACACUUUCAAAAUAUAUGAUUAAUGUGUUUGGGUAAGUAGUUUAUGUAGUACUUUAUGUAGAAUCAGUGAUAUUACUUUUUUAUGUAUAAUUUUGAGUUUUGUUUCUAUUAACACAUUUGUAAAAUAUUUUAGUAAAAGACAAGCCAUCCUCCCCUGUCUUAAAAAUAAUAUGUUUGGCAAACAUGAAAAUUGUACAUUUUAUAAUACCAACUGUCAGUUGUGUUUUCUUUACAGCUAUAGUUUUGUUCAUAAAAGGGUUGUUUGAACGCAGAAAAGUGACAUUAUGGUGCAGAAAUGUCCGUUUUUCUCUCCGUUUGUUUGGGGUAUGAAUGCUCUAUCUUUAAAUUAAAACAUCUGGAAUUUGUUUUAAAACUCUUGAAGUUCCCUCCAUUACCUGAUUCAAAACAAGGACGUAAAGAUUAGCUAGCUCCAGACAGACAUUUGAGUUGGCGUCAUUGCUGGAUGAUGUUCUCAAAACAAACUACAAAUUUAGGAUUUUACAUUUACCCUGUUAUACUGCAGUCAAAUACUGGAGGGUCUUCAGCGUAUCUUCACCUUUAAAAGCGCCAUAAUUAUUUUACACUCUAUUUCAACACUCUGAUGGCAACACAGCCGUUGACAUUGUAUCAGUUUGUUCAUCAACAUCUUGUAUUUGGCAUGUAUCCACCAUCUUUAACUCUGUGUUAGUUAGUUUAACUCCGUUUGUAAAGGGUAGCUAGCUGUUACUGUGCCACACAAGCUAACUCUGUUCUAGAACGUAUCCUGACCAUCUAGUGUUACAUUUUAGUCCUUGCAAUGUUUGGUUGGUGGUUAUGUCACAGUAACACUGUUGAGCUAACCCAGCCUUAUAUUUUCUUUUUCACCAAUGAUUUUCUUUGGAAUCUAAUAUCCGUACAAGAUCUGAAUGUUCUGUGAUAAAUGUCCACUUGCGUGUAUGUACAAUGACAGCAACUGCACAAUUUUAUUUUAAGUGAAUGCAUAAUUUGUCUUCACCAAACAUCUUGUUCAGUUUGGCGCUAUUGUCAUCUGUUUUAAAUGUGUUUUUGUUGCUGUUCAGUACUGAAAUGUUUUAUGUUCGAUAAACCCCCUUUAAAUAAUUUUUUGAUUUCUUCUGUUUUCCCGCUGUUUAUCGUGUUUUGACAUACGACUUUACUCUGCUUUGAAUGAGUGGUUUUUAGUCUGUGUUUUAAUUUUAAUUUUGAAGGAAGCCUCAGAACAUGUAAAAGAGAUUAAGUUGUGCUGAUAUCUUCAAAUGCAUAUUGUGUCCUUUAUUGAUAUUAAUCUGUUUUUGGUGAAAAUCUGUGUUGGUAAAACAGAAGAAUGAGCAUAAUAUAGGUUUGUGUUUCUUCUUGGAUAAAAUGGGUUGCAGUACCUUGACAUUUAUAUUGAGUUGCAGAUGAUUUUUUUAUAUGCUGAUGCUGGCCUCCUUUUUUCCUUUUUAAUUUUGAAAGUAUUUUCACUGCAUUAAAAAAAUUGAUAAUUUGUCCCAUUGGUCCACUGAUAUGCUAUUUGUAGCCAUAAUAUUGUUUCAAAACUGACUUCUAAGCCUGUUUAAAAAGCCACAGUGAACUGUAUAUCAAAUUUGAACAUAAACACAUUUUACUGCAUGUUCUGUUAUUUAAGAAACUAAAAUAAAUGAAAUUGUAAUCAAAUCUCCCUUGGUAUCAGUACAUGAUGGCCAGAUUCAUUCAGAAUAAACUGAAUGAAAUUGCAUUUAUGUUCUUUAUUCAUGAAUUGUUGAGAAAAUACAUGUUCAUCCUUUUUACAGUUGCAGAAUAAAGCAAAUGCUUUAACUGA